GCAGCUCCGCGCCACCGCGGCCAUUCUCACCUGGCGGCGCCACCCGCCCACCGCCCCGGCCACAGCCCCUGUGCCGCCGACGACAGCCGCAGCGGCCGCGACCGCGGCGGGGGACGCCGCUGAGCGGAACGCGGCGCAGCCCGCCCGCCGGACCUACUCGCUCGCCUUGCUGACUGUUGAUAUUUUGAUACGAGUUUACAACUUUCCCGAGAACUUUUGCAUACAAAGGAACUUUUAAGAAAGGACAUCUCGAGUUCAUAUUUAAUCCUAAGAAGACGAAUAUCGGGCAACUUGGGUGUUUUUGUGUUUUUUGUGUUUUUUUUCUUGGCUUGGGGCUUCGCUUCUAGAUUUUCCUUUUUUAAAUACUCGGUGACUGGGGUUCGGGUACCCCCGCUUCUUCGGACUCCGGAGGACCUUCUUGGCCCCCCACAUUAAUGAGGCAGCCACCUGGCGAGUCUGACAUGGCUGUCAGCGACGCCCUACUCCCGUCCUUCUCCACGUUCGCGCCCGGCCCGGCGGGAAGGGAGAAGACACUGCGCCCAGCAGGUGCCCCGAAUAACCGCUGGCGGGAGGAGCUCUCCCACAUGAAGCGGCUUCCCCCGGUGCUUCCCGGCCGCCCCUUCGACCUGGCGGCCACCGUGACCACGGACCUGGAGAGUGGCGGAGCCGGCGCGGCGUGCGGCGGAAACAACCCGGCCCUCCUGCCCCGGAGAGAGACCGAGGAGUUCAACGAUCUCCUGGACCUAGACUUUAUUCUUUCCAACUCGCUGUCCCAUCAAGAAGCGGUGGUCCCCACCGUGUCGUCGUCCGCCUCCGCCUCGUCCUCGUCCUCCCCGUCGAGCAGCGGCCCUCCCAGCGCACCUUCCACCUGCAGCUUCAGCUAUCCGCUCCGGGCCGGAGGGGACCCGGGGGUGGCACCGGGCAGCUCGGGCGGCGGCGGCGGCGGCGGCCUCCUCUAUGGCCGGGAACCCGCGCCUCCUCCCACGGCUCCUUUCAACCUGGCGGACAUCAACGACGUGAGCCCCUCGGGCGGCUUUGUGGCCGAGCUCCUGCGGCCCGAAUUGGACCCGGUGUACAUCCCGCCGCAGCAGCAGCAGCCGCCGCCGCCGCCGCCGCCAGGUGGCGGGUUGCUGGGCAAGUUCGUGCUGAAGGCGUCGCUGAGCGCCCCCGGCAGCGAGUACGGCGGCCCGUCGGUCAUCAGUGUUAGCAAAGGCAGCCCGGACGGCAGCCACCCGGUGGUGGUGGCGCCCUACAGCGGCGGGCCGCCGCGCAUGUGCCCCAAGAUCAAGCAGGAGGCCGUGGUCUCCUCGUGCACCGUCGGCCGGCCCUUGGAGGCCCACUUGGGUGCGGGACCCCCGCUCAGCAACGGCCACAGGCCCAGCGCGCACGACUUCUCCCUGGGGCGGCAGCUCCCCAGCAGGACUACCCCGACCCUGAGUCCCGAGGAACUGCUGGCCAACAGGGACUGUCACCCCGCCCUGCCGCUGCCCCCGGGCUUCCAUGCCCACCCGGGGCCCAACUACCCACCCUUCCUGCCUGACCAGAUGCAGCCGCAGGUCCCGCCGCUCCACUACCAAGAGCUCAUGCCACCCGGUUCCUGCCUGCCAGAGGAGCCCAAGCCAAAGAGGGGAAGAAGGUCGUGGCCCCGGAAAAGGACGGCCACCCACACUUGCGAUUACGCGGGCUGCGGCAAAACCUAUACAAAGAGUUCUCAUCUCAAGGCACAUCUCCGAACCCACACCGGUGAGAAACCUUACCACUGUGACUGGGAUGGCUGUGGGUGGAAGUUUGCCCGCUCUGAUGAACUGACCAGGCACUAUCGAAAACACACGGGGCACCGCCCCUUCCAGUGCCAGAAGUGCGACAGGGCCUUUUCCAGGUCGGACCACCUGGCCUUACACAUGAAGAGGCACUUUUAAAUCCCAGACAGUGGAUACAUCCGACGACCCACACUGCCAGAAGAGAAUUCAGUAUUUUUUUUUUUUUUUCAAACCUUUCACGUUGUCUUCCCAUGUGGGGAGAGCUCAGCUGGCAAAGCACUACAAUCAUGGUCACAACAAGUCAGCUGGUGAAAUGGAUAAUCAAGAGAAAGGAGGAAUCCAAAAAAGACAAAAAAAUUAAAAAAUAAAACAAAAAAAAAAUCAAAGAACAGAUGGGGUCUGAGACUGGAUCUUCUAUCAUUCCAAUUCUAAAUCAACUUGAAUAUGCCUGGACUUACAAACACCACAAUGGGGGUGACCGGAAGCUGUGGAUAUCAGGGUA